AUGCCGACGCCGGCCUCGGUCAUGGCCCCCGCCCCUCAGAUUGACGCCACCCUUUUCGUUGAAAGAGAGGAGCUGCUCACCGCCAGCGCCCUGCUGGACCUCUCAGCGGCGGCGCGCUUCGCGGCCACGCGCACAUCGUAUCAGCCGGUCGCGUCCACUUCGACCUCGCGCGCCACCUUCCCAUGUUCUGCUUCCCCCCUCCCCGUCGAAAAUGCUCCCGCGCCUGCCUCCGAAGAUCUGACAGCCGUCAUCCUCGCCACCAUGACCACCCUGCUCGCCGACCUCGCGCGAGGCGCCCCCACCGCGACGCUCCUUGCGCACUUCAGCACCCUCCAUGAGCCGAUUCUUCAGCACGCGCCUGCAGGGUGCCCUCUGCGGGGAGGCAUCGAGUCGCGAAUGCGCGGCCUGAACGCAGUCCGAUCCUACUUCGAUUUGCUUGCCACGCACUUCAACUUUCAUGGCAUGGAGGAAGACGUGGACAUAAAGAGGGUGUGGGCGGAGCCAGUCAGGCGAGCAGCGAAGGCGCAGGUGCAUGCAAGGUGGCGAUGGCGGACCCGUGGGCAGAGUGGUGGGAGGGCGGGUCGUGAACGGCAGGACGACCGGCGCGCAAAGGAGUCGACGGAGGAAGACUUGUCCAGCCCAAGCUGCGCACGACAGCCGCGCGGCUUUGACGAGGAUUUCGAGCUGGAUGUUGUCUUCGACGAGGAGAUGAAGGUUGCGAGCUUCGUGGUAACGACCACCGGCGGGGUGUGCGUGAUGGACGCCAAGUACCCGGAGGGGAGGUUAGUGAACACGACUGCGAUACUACGACCGAGGAAACCUGUGGUUACAAACUGA